AUGGGGUCCCGCGCCGCGGCCUUCGCCGUGGCCGUCCUCCUGCUGGCCUCCUCCGGCGAGGCGUUCUUCGACAUAUUCAACAUCUUCAGCCCGCGCGCCGAGAGCGACUACUUCCAGAACGCCUUCGACGGCUCGGAGGAGCAGGCGGCGCCCGUGCAGACGGAGCAGGAGGAGAAGGGCGCCGCGCCGGCCACCGCCACGGGGCUCACCAGGGUGCCGCCAUCGGGCCCGCUCAGCAAGGCCGCGCUGGACACGGUCCAGGUCGCCGCCGCCACCGGCGAAGGGCCGGUCGGCGAAUGGACCAUCGUGAGCGAGAACUCCGGCGUGUCGCCCAUGCACAUGGCCGUCAUGCGCCACGGCAGGGCCGUCAUGUUCGACACCAGCACCACGGGGCGGUCGCUCAUGCGGCUGCCCCAGGACAACUGCCGCACCGACCCGCGCGCCAAGGAGGAGGGCACCAUGGACUGCUGGGCCCACUCCGUCGAGUUCGACUACAGCACCGGCGGCCUCCGCCCUCUCAAGAUCUUAACGGACACCUGGUGCUCGUCGGGCGCGUUCGACUCGGACGGCAACCUGGUGCAGACCGGCGGUUACUUCGAGGGCGACAAGGUUGUCCGGGUCCUCAGCCCGUGCGAGACCUGCGACUGGCUGGAGCGCCCCAACAGCUUCGCGGAGGGGAGAUGGUACGCGACGCAGCAGGUGCUCCCGGACGGCCGGUUCAUUGUGUUCGGCGGCCGCCGCGCCUUCGGCUACGAGUUCGUGCCGGCGCCCGGGAGGAUGAACGACAAGGCCAGCUACAUGCCAUUCCUCCGCCAGACUACCGACGACGUGGAGAACAACCUGUACCCGUUCGUGAACCUCCUCCCCAGCGGCAACCUCUUCCUCUUCGCCAACGACCGCUCCGUCAUCUUCGACUACCAGGCCGGCAAGAUCGUGCGCGAGCUUCCCAAGCUCGCCGGCGGGAGCCGAAACUACCCCGCGUCCGCCAUGUCCACGCUCCUCCCGCUGGACCUCCGCAACGCCACCGGCGACCCCGAGCCGGUGGUUAUCAUCUGCGGCGGGGCGCUCAAGACGUCCUUCAGAUUCGGCGAGAACAACACGUUCAAGCCCGCGCUCCGCGACUGCGCCCGCAUCAACCUGGCCACUCCCGACGCGCAGUGGGAGACCGAGGACAUGCCCAUCGGCCGCGUCAUGGGCAACAUGCUGAUCCUCCCCACCGGCGACCUGCUGCUGCUGAACGGCGCCGCCAAGGGCUGCUCGGGCUGGGGCUUCGCCCGGCAGCCGAUCCUGACCCCGAUCCUGUACUCGCCGCGGAAGGAGCAGGGGUCGCGGUUCCGGGCGCUGGCCUCGUCGACCAUCUCGCGCGUGUACCACUCCACGAGCGCCGUGCUGCCCGACGGCAGCGUGCUCGUGGCCGGAGGCAACACCAACGCGGCGUACAACUUCAGCGGCGUCGACUUCCCCACCGAGGUGCGCGUGGAGCGGUUCUCCCCGCCGUACCUGAGCAAGGACCGCGUCGGCAACCGCCCGAGGAUCGACGCGGCGUCGGUGCCCCCGGGCGGGAUGCGGUACGGCUCCCCGUUCACGUUCCGGUUCUCCAUGCCCGGCGAGCCCGUGGGCCAGCCGGACGUGAAGGUCACCAUGUACGCGCCGCCGUUCACCACGCACGGCUACUCCAUGAACCAGCGGAUGCUGAUCCUGUCGGUGGCCACGUUCACCGAGGAGGGGCGGAGCUACGCGGUGACCGUGGACGCGCCGGGGAAGCCGGAGCUGGCGCCGCGGGGGUACUACCUGGUGUACGUGGUGGCGAAGGGCCUGCCGAGCGUGGCUGCGUGGGUGAAGAUCCAGUGA